CACCCAGCCGCCGCUCACCCCCCAACCCUAUCCUCUCGCUCUCCCUCUCGUUCUUCCCUCCCAGCCGCCGCUCUCCCCUCGCAUCUGCUCUCCACCGAUGGUGAGACGACGGCCACCGGCGGGGAAAGAACCGGACGGCCAGCGGCGGGAAGGAACCUGCCGCUCCCACCCCAUCUUCCUCCCGUCCGACCUGCAGCAGUUCCUCCCCCAGCUCGUCCUGUGCAGCAGCCCCUCCUCCUCCCAGCCCGACCCGCCGCGCCGACCCCAUCUUCGUCGAGCUGCAGCAGCCCCUCCUCCUCCUAGCCCGACCCGCCGCGCCGACCCCAUCUUCGUCGAGCUGCAGCAGCCCCUCCUCCUCCUGAAGAAAUGGACACCAUUGAUCUCUCGGAAGCAAGUGCAACCACUGCUGGAAGUGGACAAGCUGUGUGGACCAACUCCAUGACCACCAUGAUGCUAGGCUUCUUGGCUAACCUAGUUGCUGAUGGCAAGAGGACUUCAAGUGGGUUCAAGAUGAUGCAUCACAACCAAUGUGCUGCAGCUUUGAACGAACACUUCAAGCUAGUGAUACCUUGCUCACUACUAUGCCCAUCUUGUGGACAAUCCCAAGAUAGCAAGAGCUUUCAUGUCGCUCAGCGACUCUAACCGGUUGAUUUGGGUGAGUAGGUAUGUGACGAAGAACUUCGCAUGAUGCAUUUCUCGGUAUGGACUAGCGUGAGAUGAUGAACUUUGCAUUAUGAACUUGUAUCGAACUUUAAUUAGGAGAGCUUUUGGAUGACUAGUAUGUGAACCAUAUGUAUGGAUUGUAAUGAACAAUAUUUCUUUUCGAU